GUGCACGCCACCGGAAGGGAUGCGUUUGAGUCGAGAGUGGGUGGUUAAUACGCGUGCGCAGUAGGCUCUUCCGACAACAGUUGCGCAAAUGGUGGAGAAGAAACCCUCGGUUCGCUCCCAGGACCCUGGACAGCGGCGGGUGCUGGACCGGGCCGCCCGGCAGCGACGGAUCAAUCGACAGCUCGAGGCUUUAGAGAACGACAAUUUCCAGGACGACCCCCACGCAGGCCUCCCCCAGCUGGGCAAGAGGCUACCUCAGUUUGAUGACGAUGCAGACACAGGAAAGAAAAAGAAGAAAACUCGAGGUGACCAUUUCAAGCUUCGCUUCCGGAAAAACUUCCAGGCUUUGCUGGAGGAGCAGAACCUGAGUGCAUCUGAGGGUCCCAACUACUUGACAGCCUGUGCCGGUCCCCCAUCCCGACCCCAGCGCCCUUUCUGUGCUGUAUGUGGCUUCCCAUCCCCGUAUACCUGUGUAAGCUGUGGUGCCCGGUACUGCACAGUGCGCUGCCUGGGCACCCACCAGGAGACCAGGUGUUUGAAGUGGACCGUGUAAACCUGCAUCAGGAGAGGAAGUGCUCCCCCAAUCCUUCCCCCAGCUCAUCCUCAAAGGGUAGAGAGAAGAGCCGUCCAUUCACCCAGCGAAGCUGUGUCCUGCCAACCAACGGAGAUCACACGGACCGCAGGGACUGCUGUGGGAUUGGUCUAACCCACAGAGUUAUAGUAAAUGUAAAUAUUAAAAAGGGAUCAUAAACGGCCCAGCGAAAAGAA